CUGUCCCUAAAGCCUAUAUAUAAUCUUCGUUUUUAGCAAAGACAACCAACGCAUGUUGAGCUUUUGAAAGAAAUAGGUAAUGAGAGAGGAGUUUGAAGGUAAUCUGUAAUCCCCAAAGAACCCAAACUCUCCAACCUUUCCCAUCACAUUCUACCAAUUUCUCUCUCUCACAUUUGCACCAGCAAAUCCACAUUGCUUGGGUUUCUCUCUCUUAUUUCUCUCUCCUCAUUGUUCUUUUUUAUCUUUCCAUAAAAUCAGUCACAUCUCCAGUUCAAGUUUUCUCAUAUUAAGAUCUUGGUCGUCUUAUAGAUUUCUAGUAGGAAAUGUUUUGUUGUCAAAUGGGGAUUCCCUAUUCCUGUUCGUCUUCAAAUCUUGAUGACUUGGAUAGUCGGCUUGAAUCUUUUCUAGUUAGAUCAGUGAGCUUUGGGAGCAUUGAUGUGAGGACAGAACCUGGCGUUGUGACAUCAUUUGGUUCCAGGAAGAUGAUAUUUAAAAGGUCUCACAGCUUUAAAGGGAGGGAAAUGGAGUCCAUGAUUUCAUUUAGUGUCCCUUCAGAUAUGGGGGGCAACAUGACUGUUAGAUCUGCCAGCCAUGUGAGCAGAGAAAAUGGUAAUCAAUUGCCAGCAAUGGAUAGCAAGUCCGAGAAAGAUCCCCAAUUGCCAUCCUUGGAGCCGGGUAACCAAAGAUCUCAGGCUGCACUAAAGUUGCAGAAGGUGUACAAAAGUUUUCGCACCAGAAGACAGCUAGCAGAUUGCGCGAUUCUAGUUGAGCAGAGAUGGUGGAAGCUGUUAGAUUUUGCUGAACUAAAGCAUAGUUCAAUAUCAUUCUUUGACGUUGAGAAACCGGAAACUGCUGUUUCUCGCUGGUCACGAGCAAGAACCAGAGCUGCCAAGGUAGGGAAGGGUUUAUUAAAGGAUGAAAAAGCUCGGAAGCUUGCUUUACAGCAUUGGCUUGAAGCUAUUGACCCUCGACACCGCUAUGGGCAUAAUCUUCAGUUCUAUUAUGUGAAAUGGCUCAACUGUGAGAGCAAACAACCCUUCUUCUAUUGGCUUGACAUAGGAGAAGGUAAAGAAGUCAGUUUUGACAAGUGUCCUCGAUCGAAGCUUCAACAACAAUGCAUCAAGUAUCUUGGUCCGACUGAAAGGAAGGCUUAUGAAGUUGCAGUGGAUGAUGGCAAGUUCUUCUACAAGCAGACAUCGGAACUUCUCGAUACAAGGAAAGGACCUAAAGAUGCUAAGUGGAUAUUUGUCCUGAGCACCUCCAAGACCUUGUAUGUUGGGCAGAAGGCCAAAGGCACAUUUCAACAUUCAAGUUUCUUGGCUGGAGGAGCCACGUUAUCUGCUGGUAGAUUAGUAGUCGAAGAUGGUAUUCUAAAGGCGGUCUGGCCUCACAGUGGGCAUUAUCUUCCAACAGAAGAGAAUUUUAAAGAAUUCAUGCUAUUCCUAAAGGAGCACAAUGUCGAUCUCAGCAUUGUGCAGAAAAGCCCAACUGAUGAGGAAGAAGAAGUCCACAGCAAAGAGACAAUCAGUUUUGUCUCGCAAAACAACUUAUCAGAACCAGAUUUCAAUAGAGUGACUGAAGAAACCCAUCACAGAAGCUCCUCUCAAGAGGAAACUGAUUCAAGCAAACUAGUAGAUGAUGACACAGAAAAACCACACAUUCCCUUGUCAAGAAGUUCUAAAAAACUGUGCUCGAAUAUAUCUAAGAUUGAAAUACCAAGAAGGGAGGAUGUGUUUGAGAUGUUCAAGAAGGAAGGACAAAAACCAGAGCCAAGUUGCAGCAUUCACCAUGUGGAUUCUGUAUUAGAUGGAUAUGAAACGGCAGAAGAAAUUUUAUCGGAUGAUGAAUUCAUGGUUUCAAAACUGAAUCUGUACGAUGAAGAUCAAGAAGAAUAUGCAGAACCCAUUCCUAAAGAGAAGAUUAUCCAAAGGAUAAAUUCACAUAAAGGAAUGAAAUCAUAUCAGUUGGCUCAGCAGUUAUCUUGCAGAUGGACAACAGGAGCUGGGCCGCGGAUUGGGUGUGUGAGAGACUACCCUUCACAGCUUCAAUUUCGGGCCUUAGAGGAGGUGAACCUGUCUCCAAGAAGUGCUUUCUCUUCUCCUGGGGGAUCUGCACGGCAUAGUCCAAUGGGUCUGACUCCUACUAGUUCAUGUAGAGAGAUGAUUUCAGGUAGAAGUCCACUCUCUUCAGAUAUGAUUUCAGGCAGAAGUCCACUCUCUUUGUGAUGGCUCAAAUAGUAACACCAUUACAAUACUAAGGGGGAGGACACAUCCAGAUAAAUUUGUAUCUUGUGCUUGGAAUUCUUUUGUUUUUACUAAAAAAAUUCUUUACAAUUCUUUUGUAGAUGUUAUGGUAAAAUUAUUGAAUAAGAAAUGGAAGAAUUUUUGAGUUUCA